AUGUCCCUUCCUUUGCUUUGUCUCUUCUUAAUCCAGCAAUUAUUGCUUACAUUAGGGGAAAUGACUCAUCAGAGCUGUUCUGACUACUGGGAACCCAGCACCUAUAUGAAAGCUGACAUAAUCAUAGGUGCAUUUAUCCCUAUUUACAUCACACUAGAAAUAUCAGAAGCAAACAAGAUAACAUUUGAGAAAAAACCGGAUCCAGUAGAAAUCCCUUUAGAGAGAUGGAAAAACUAUCAAUAUUUGCUGUCCUUAUACUUUGCUUUUGAGGAGAUCAAUAAAGAUAUCCAUCUGCUUCCCAAUGUGACCUUGGGUUUCCACCUCUACAAUGCCUUUAACUCUCACAGAGCCUUAGAGGGUCCUCUGAUGUGGCUGUCUGGAAGGAAUGAGUUUAUUCCUAACUACAAAUGCAAAACUCAACACAAAGCUCUUGCAAUCAUUACAGGAAUCAGACCUGAAUUUUCUGCUGCAGUUGGAACACUUUUGGAGGUCUACAAAGUUCCACAAGUCACAUGUGGAACUUUUGAUUCUGUGCUAAGUAACAAAGAUAUAUACCCAUCCUUGUACCAGACAUCUCCUAAAGACACAGCUCUGAGCCAAGGGGUGAUCUCUUUAUUAGAGCACUUUGACUGGAGGUGGGUGGGGCUCUUUGUGGCUGAUGAUCUGAAAGGGAAGGAGUUCCUCUCUGACAUGAAAGCAGAGAUUACAUCAGAAGGUAUCUGUGUGGCUUUUACAGAAAACCUCCAGACUAAUUGGAAAAUUCAUCUAAUGUCUGGAGUUGGAUUGGUGAAUUUGAAAAAACACACACAAGUAAAUGUGUAUGUAUUCUAUGGUGAUAUAGACGACUUGCUGUUUUACUUCCUAAACAAUGAAAUCAUGUUAAUCAGAAACAAGGUGUGGAUAAUGGCCAAGGCUAAUUUAGUUUAUUUAGAGUCUGUGUUAUAUGAGUCGAAAGAUUUGAUGAACUUUUUUGAAGGAAGCUUCUCAUUUUCAAAGAAUAUAAAUAUCCCUGGCUUCAAGCACUUUCUUGAGGCACUUACACCCUCCCAGUAUCCAGGAGAUCUUUACUUCCAUAAAUUCUGGCUGGACAAUUUUCACUGUUCUCCUCCUCCUUUGCUGUGUGGAAAUAGUAAACCCUGCCCACUGAAUACAUCCCUGAAGACUAAGCAAGAAAAAGAUUUAAUGAUCACUUCUGAGUCCAGUGUUUCCAUAUGGAAUGCAGUGUAUGCAAUGGCCCAUGCCCUCCAUGAAAUGCUUUUGAGAAAAACAGAAAUAGCAUCUCAGAAAGAUGCAAACCAGGACAGGCUUCUACCUUGGCAGCUUCAACCAUUUCUGAGGAAAAUCCAAUUUACAAACACUGCCGGAGACCAGAUAAGCUUUGAUAAGAAUAAGAAUCAUAUGGCAAAGUAUGAUAUAACAAACAUUAUGGAGUACACUAGUCAUUAUUCAUGUCUAGUUAAAGUAGGAGAGUUUGUCUCCAAGAGUCCACAAGAUCACAACUUGUUCAUCAAUGAGGUUCUCAUCAAAUGGCCAAGCAACUUCAAUCAGACACCUCAAUCUGUAUGUACACAGAGCUGUGGUCCAGGUUUCUGGAAACUUGUAGAAGAAGGAAGACCUGCCUGCUGUUUUUCUUGUGUGUUUUGUCCAGAGAGGCACAUUUCCAACCAGACAGAUCAGCAAGAGUGUAUCCCUUGCCCAAUUCAAGAGUACCCAAACCCUGAGAGAAACAACUGCCUUCCCAAGUCAGUGACAUUCCUGUCCUUGGAGGAUUCUCUGGGCAUGACUCUGGUCUGCACAGCUCUGUGCUUCUCUGUCAGCACAGCUGUAGUUUUGGGGAUCUUCCUCAAGCAUCAAGACUCACCCAUCGUUAAGGCCAAUAACAGGACUCUCAGCUUCAUCCUGCUCAUCUCCCUCCUCCUCUGCUUCCUGUGCUCCUUUCUCUUCAUUGGCCAGCCAAGCACAGCCUCCUGCAUAUUGCAACCAAUCACAUUUGCACUCACAUUCACUCUGACUCUUUCCACUGUUUUGGCCAAAAGUAUAACUGUAAUUCUGGCCUUUAGCCUCGUAAAACCAGGGAGAACAAUGAGAAGACUGUUUGUCUCUGGCAUCUAUAACUCUGUCAUCCCCUUGUGUGUCCUGAUCCAGCUUACUCUCCUGGGAGUCUGGAUGGGAACCUCACCUCCCUAUGUUGAAGCAGGUGCACACUCUGCAUAUAGUUACAUCAUUAUUUUGUGCAACAAGGGCUCAGUCACCUCUUUCUACUGUGUGCUGGCAUACUUGGGGAUCCUGGCCCUGGGGAGCUUCACUGUGGCUUUCCUGGGUAGGGAUCUGCCUGACACAUUCAAUGAAGCCAAGUUGCUGACAUUCAGCAUGCUGGUGUUCUGCAGUGUCUGGGUCACCUUCCUCCCUGUCUACCACAGCACCAAGGACAAAGCUAUGGUGGCUGUGGAGGUCUUCUCCAUCUUGUCCUCAAGUGCAGGGCUGCUAGGGUGCAUCUUUUUCCCAAAAUGCUACAUAAUUCUUCUAAGACCUGAUAAGAACUCUUUGAAAUGUUUUAAGAACAAAUCAUAA